UACUUCUAUGAUGUUAAAUGGUCUCGUGGCGCAGUGGAAACGCGUCUGCCUCCUAAGCAGAAGAUCGUGGGUUCGAUCCCCACCGGGAUCGCUAUAUUCUAUAUUCCUUUUUAUACUAUUAUACUAUAUAUAUUAUUAUUCUUAUUAUUAUUUGUGUUCUUCUAUAUUCUUAUUUAUCUUUAUUAUAUAUCCUUUCUUCUUAUACCCAUAUAUAUGUUAUAUUAUAUAUCAUCUUUUAUUAUCCCCUUAUAUCUAUUAUUAUUAUAUCUAUAUAUGUUUUAUGUAUCCUUCUUAUUUUUAUACUACUUUUUACCUUAUACAUCUUUAUAUCUCUCUAUAUUAUUAUAUGACUAUAUGUUUAUAUCACUAUAUGACUAUAUGACUACUUUAUUAUAUUAUUAUAUGACUAUAUGA